CAACACUACAGUGCCUUUACUUUAGGCUUUAUAGUGCAUGCGUUCGUCUUCACUUUCACGUUUUCGUCUUCACGUCAUAUAUCAUUAUAUUAUAUUUAUUGUUACGGGAUUAUAUUGGCAGCCAGCCCACGUAGUUUCUGCGUGUGAUAUAUGUAAGUCGCAGGUGAGUGAAAGGGCAGGUGGCACAAGAUACAUGGGAGGCAUAGUUAGCCAAGGAGUUCACAAUACAUGCAAGACAGCGAAGGGCGUAAUUGAGUCGGCCACAGUUAUGAGGAAGUUGCACAAGAACUGUCGUGUUGGCCAGUACCCGCACUCACACGCCAGUCGUUUUUCGGUUCCCGACGACAAAGUCGGCUGGGACGUAUCGUUCCCCGAAUACAGCCCCGCAGAGUACACGGCAGAGAGCGUACUUGCCCGCCCCUCAUGGGCAGAUCCAGAUAUCAGCGAUGGUGGCUUCCAUCCUGCUUGGAAUGCAUUGGACAAAGCAUGUAAUGUGAAUAGGAGGAGCCACUUUAGCGAGUACACGAUAGUUAAUGACAGGCCAAGAAAUCCGGUUGGAAGAACAGGCAUAGUUGGGCGUGGAUGUUUAGGCAAGUGGGGACCUAACCAUGCUGCAGAUCCUAUAGUGACAAGGUGGAAAAGGGGUGCAGGUGGAGAAAUACAGGUGGACAAGGACACCAACAGCCCUAUACUCCAGUUUGUUUCUGUACAACGAGGAGACACGCUUGAAUGGGCCAUUCCAGGGGGCAUGGUUGACCCCGGUGAGCUUAUAUCGACCACGCUGAUAAGGGAAUUCGGAGAGGAAGCCCUCAACACUCUGGAGCUGAAUCAGAGUGAGGCACAAGGUGUAAAGGAAGCCAUGGAGAAGCUGUUCGCCGGCGGCGUGGAGGUCUACAGAGGCUAUGUGGAUGACCCACGCAACACAGACAACUCAUGGAUGGAGACGGUAGCGGUGAACUUUCACGAUGAGUCAGGAAAUAGCCUGGGCAAGUUUGCGUUGCACGCUGGCGACGAUGCUAUAGGUGUGCGAUGGACGGACAUCAGUAGAACUCUGUGCCUUUUUGCUAGCCACGCCGACUUUGUGGAGAAAGUGGCUGGUAACCAUUGUGCCCACUGGUAACCGAUGUGUAAGACUUCCAGGGGUGUGCAACAACAUGCGAUGGUUAAUGUAUACACGUGUGCAUGCACCUUGUUAUGGUGUAGUUUAAUGGCAAAGCAUUAAUUGGGUAUCAUUUCACUAAUUAUGCCAUCGUAGAAUUAUGAACAUUUCCAACUGCCAUUCCUUUCCGCGUAGAUAAUUUCUUGCUGCGAUAUAUCCGAACUAAAUUCAUUCACAUACCUUAUAAUUGUGUGUAGGCCUACAUGAAUAAAAUAUUAAAAAUGUACUAUUCGAGAAUUGAUCCUAAACUUGGAUUCUGAAUUGUGUAGUAGCAUACAAAUGUAUGAAACUUGCGUUAUAUUUACUGUUACAUCAGUGAAAUUAUUUUAUAUGUUAUAUGUAUAAUUUACAUACCAAAUCAAUAAAUGUCAGGACAAUUGUA